AUGUUCGAUAAAAACCUAAAAAUUCUCAGCCGUUAUGCAUAUGGUCAAUUUCAGGUUGCUUGUAGCCCACUGAUGGGAUCAGGAGAAGGAGCAGAAGGUGAAUCGCAAGCAUUACCACUAGGACCACCAGGGCGAGAUGGACGGGAAGGACCUCAAGGAAAGCCAGGAAUGCCAGGGGAAGAUGGUCUGCCAGGACCACGGGGGUUACCAGGACCACCAGGUCAACAAGGUGAGCCAG